AGUCUGCUCGUGUCCUGCGGGGACUACGGACGUGUCACUUUAGUUUUUUUUGACACAUUUGCGCAUUUCUCGGGUUUUGUUUUCUGUAGAUGCGCGUUUUUUUAGCGCGUGGCUCACUCUGGGAUCGCGGACUGAAGUUUCUUUGGUUUGACUGAGAUUUUGAGACGAACUUUCCCUGAAACUUUGAACUUUAAACCAUGAGACGCGCGCGGAGGUGUUAAAGGAGCCGUGAGUCCAGAGGGAGCCGCGAGUCCAGAGGGAGCCGCGAGUCCAGAGGGAGCCGAGUCUAGAUUCGUUUCGACGAUGGAUUUGUUCAGGAUUAAAGUGAAAUCGUUUCUCCUGCUUCUGUUUCACGUGGCGUUGGUUCGUGGUGCGUUCGUGGAGCCGUCUCAGCCUCGUACGUCUCACCGCUCCCUCACAGACGCUCAGACCAGACUGCCCUGUCGGUACCAGGCGGGUCCCGACGAGAAGGUGGUCCAGGUCACAUGGUACAAAGAGCUGCCAGACCAGAGCAAAGACCAAAUGAUCACGGCACACUUCACCGACGGACACACGGAGUUCGGUCGUUACGCCGGUCGUGUGAGGUUCGAGAGCAGCAGUCCCACUGAAAACUCCGCCCUCCUCAUCCCCAGCACCGAGGUGUCCGACGAGGGAGUCUACACCUGCCACAUCUCCACCUUCCCCAACGGGAACUUUGAGCGCACCAUCAGCCUCACUGUGUGGAGUCUCCCCAUCUCGUCCCUGGACCCGGUGGUGAUGGUUGAAGGUCAGUCGUUCGGCGUGGCCGCUUCUUGUCGCUCCAUGGGCCUCCCCGCCCCUCGUCUGUCCUGGGACACUCCUCUGGUGGGGCAGGUGCAGAACAGGAGCAGUGAGAGCGGGGCGGUGUCCUCGCUCUUCUCGCUCCACCCUCUUCGCUCCAUGAACGGCAAACGUCUGGACUGUCUGGUGUGGCAUCCGGGCUUCGACCGGCCCAAGAGGAUCAUCAACACGCUGGAGGUCCAGUACCCUCCAGAGGUGAAGAUCGUGGCCGGCUCAGGACACUGGUCUGUGGGGAUGGAGAACGCCGAGCUCCUCUGCGACGCCCAGGGACAACCACGAGUCUCCAACAUCACCUGGACAUGGAAGGGCGGAGCUCUGCCCCAGGACUCGGAGGUGACCGGGACCAGACUUGUUUUUAAACGUGCUCUGCGUCUGAACGACAGCGGCGUUUAUCAGUGUGUGGCUCUGAACGCCGUGGGACCGGGGAGCACGGAGUACGAGUUUACUGUGGCAGAGCGCUCGUUCCGUCUCGCUGACCUCGGCAGUGAGAGUCUCCUGUUGGUCGUGAUCGCGGCGGGGGCGGGGCUUCUGCUGCUCGUCAUGGUCGUGGUCAUCGUCGUGGUGAAUCGACAUCACAAAAACAAACACAAGAAACUGGAGAUGGAGCUGAGCGAGAAAACGGAGGAAAUAAACUCUCUGUCCAGACAAACCUCCCUGAGACGACUCAACUCCGUCAGCACCGACCCCAGAGUCCAGCCCGAGGAUUACGCUCUGCUCCGAGUCGACAGCAGAAUGAAGCACAGUGAGACGUCUCUGGAGAGGCCCGUCUACCCUGGUGGUGUGGAGGUGGAUGAGCUCGGGCGCCCGGUGGUGUGGACCGAGCGAGGGAUGGACUCUGAGCGAGAGGAGAGGAGGAGGAGGGUGGAGUCGUACCUGAAGAGCAGCAACAUGUCUCUGGACUCGGGUCUGCCCUCGUCUCUGGUCCCUCUGAAGCCGCAGACGGAGGAAGUCCUCGUCCCGUGUCACCACGACGAACUGCCCCACCUGAGACACGCCCCCUCGCCAAACCUGGAGCCGUGGAGCCCGCCGGCCCCGGGACAAGUGGACGACGACACGGACAGCGGCAGUUACCAGAUUUCUGAAGCUUUGAACAACCAUUUCUACUACAGCAACGGACUCCUCAGGCCGAGGCCGCACUCCAACGCCAUCCUGCUGAACCCGAGUCGACCCGGCUCCACCGUGCGCACGCAGCAAACUUAAAGGAAUAAAACAAUUUGAACUAUAGAAGAUGAACUAAAGCUGUUUGACUUUGUUUGUCUCUGAGGCCUGUGCAGGUUCGUUGCUGCUAAUGUCUCCAGGUCAAAAUAAAUCUUGAAUUCAGAGUUGAUUUGGAAAAGUUUAAUUAGUUUGGAUUCUGAAAACAAGAAUUUCCAUCAUUUUGAUAUUAGUUUUGUGGCAGUGAAUCUGCUGGACUCUAUAAAUGUGACAUUUUUUUUCUUUUUACAAAAAUAACUUUGUGAUUUCAUAGAUUGUUUUUUUCUUUCAAAGUGUCAGAGCUGAAGCUGAAGCUGAAGCUGUGUGUGUCUGUGUGUGUGUGUGUGGAGCUGCGUCGUGUGUGACAGCUGGCCCUGUCAACUGUUAAAUAUCUGUAAAAGGGCCCAUAAUGACCCGUAUUUGCCCUCUGCAUUUGACCCGCUGAGUCCUGACUGAAGGAUUAGACACUGACACAGGGAGAACAUGCAAACGCUGCAUAAAGAUCCUUCAGUCUGGGAAUCGAACCUGGGACCUUCUCGCUGUGAGGCACUACCCCUUUUUAAAGGCAUGUGCGAUGUUGUACGUACAUGAAAAUGUUACACAGAGUUACUUUAAAAUAUUAAAUGAUUCAUACAUUUUGUACAAACUGUUAAAGGGAAUAUUCUUUGUCGUAUGUUUCUGGGAUGUUGUGUUGAUGUUUGCACUACACGUGUCAAUGAAGGAUUUGUUUAAUAUAAGACGACAAACUCAAAUCAUUUUGUACAUUUAAAAAAUCUAAACAGCCACAUGUUCAGGACGUGGCAUCAGGUGCAAAUAUUUAUAAAGUCUUGUGUUUGCCAGAGGAGCUCGAUGUUUAAACUGAAGCUUAAAUCUCUGUGUAUUUGGUGAAAAGUGUUGUGUUUGUUUGUUUGUUUGUUUGUUUCUUUGUUUGUUUGUGCACAUGUGUAAAGUUUAAAUGGUCUGACAGUUUGAAAAGCUCUAAAAGUCUAUGACUCUGAACAAAUCUGGGCAAGAAUCUGAAGAAGAUCUGGGACUUAAAUGUGGAAAAGAAGCCGUCACUGUCAAAUGUUUACUGCUGUUUGAAAUGUAAAUGUUUUGUUUAUAAAACUCACUUUUCUGC